AUGACCUUCGCCGGCAGCGGCGAUGGCCAGAGUGGCUCCGCGAGGGCGCACUUCGUGCUGGUACCGAUGAUGGCUCAGGGCCAUACCAUCCCCAUGACCGACAUGGCACGCCUGCUGGCAGAGCAUGGCAUGCAGGUCAGCUUCAUCACCACGCCCGUCAACGCCGCUAGGUUGGAGGGCUUCACCGCUGACGUGAAGGCGGCGGGCCUGGCGGUUCAGCUCGUGGAGCUCCACUUCCCGACAGCGGAGUUCGGCCUACCAGACGGGUGCGAGAACCUCGACAUGAUCCAAUCAAAGAAUUUGUUCCUGAACUUCAUGGAGACCUGUGCCGCGCUUCAGGAGCCGCUCAUGGCAUACCUCCGUGAGCAGCAGCGCUCGCCUCCUAGCUGCAUCAUAUCUGACAUGAUGCACUGGUGGACCGGCGACAUUGCAAGGGAGCUUGGCAUCCCGAGGCUCACCUUUAGUGGCUUUUGUGGCUUCUCGUCCCUUGUCAGGUACAUCAUUAUUCACAAGAAUGUACUGGAGCAUGUCACAGAUGAUAAUGAGCUCAUCACGAUCCCGGGGUUUCCUACACCGCUAGAGUUGAUGAAGGCUAAGUUGCCAGGAACCCUUUCUGUUCCGGGUAUGGAGCAAAUCCAUGAGAAGAUGUUUGAGGAGGAGCUGAGAUGCGAUGGUGAGAUCACUAAUAGCUUCAAAGAGCUCGAGGCAUUGUACAUUGAAUCCUUUGAGCAGAUAACAAGGAAGAAGGUCUGGACAGUCGGGCCAAUGUGCCUCUGCCACCGAAGCAGCAACACAAUGGCCGCUAGGGGUAACAAGGCGUCAAUGGACGAGGCACAGUGCUUGCAAUGGCUUGAUUCAAGGAAGCCAGGCUCAGUGAUCUUUGUAAGCUUUGGCAGCCUCGCUUGCACCACGCCUCAACAACUUGUUGAGCUGGGAAUGGGACUCGAAGCCUCUAAGAAACCGUUUAUUUGGGUGAUCAAAGCAGGACCUAAGUUUCCAGAAGUCGAGGAAUGGCUCGCAGAUGGGUUCGAGGAGCGCGUCAAAGACAGAGGCAUGAUCAUAAGAGGCUGGGCGCCACAGGUGAUGAUCCUGUGGCACCAAGCCAUUGGAGGAUUUGUUACGCACUGUGGGUGGAACUCAACAAUAGAGGGCAUCUGUGCAGGUGUGCCCAUGAUCACAUGGCCACACUUUGCAGAGCAGUUUUUGAAUGAGAAGCUGGUGGUGGAUGUGCUGAAACUUGGGGUAGAGGUUGGAGUGCAAGGAGUUCCACAGUGGGGAAGUGAACAACAAGAGGUUAUGGUUACCAGAGAUGCUGUGGAGACAGCAGUGAACACCCUGAUGGGUGAAGGGGAGGCUACAGAGGAGUUGAGAAUGAGAGCAGAAGAGUGCGCCAUUAUGGCAAGGAGGGCUUUCGACGAGGAAGGUUCUUCUUACAACAACGUAAGGCUGUUAAUUCAAGAAAUGAGAAACAAGACAAAUGCAUGUCGUUGAUAGAGAUUACCUAAGCUCACUUUUUCGGUGUAAACAUGAAGUUAAAGAUCCUAGAAUACAUAUAUCAUCAUAUAGAAUUUUGUACCAGGCCCACAGGUGAUUAUUUAGAGAUUAGAGAUGAUCCAAAUGAAUGCAACAUUGGUCUGUUAUGUACGCUCUUUCAUGGCAGUCCACAUAACAACUACACAGUCUGCUCUUCUAGAUGGUUACGCUCUCCCUUGCAUUUUGCUACCGCUGCACGACUAGCCACAGUUGGUGGAGGUGUAGGACAAUGACUCCCAUGAUGGUGCCGCCGGCGCCAAGCACCGUUCCGUGGGAGCAACUAGGGAGGGGCGCCGCCGUGCACCGGACACUGCGCUGUUGCAUUGCGCCAGGCAUUGUACAUGGCUUAAUAAAAGACCUUGUUUCAUGCUAAUCGCUGCGGUCUUGUAUUAAAUUCUCUUUUUAGGUGGUAUUAAAUUCUUUCUAGAUAUAGAGUUCAUUUGGUCUGUGUGCAUGAAGCAAAAUGAAAACA